AAAUCUUUUGUGUACCUUAUAAUAGUGAUCACUGAAUAGUGAUUGAGUGGCGGGUAAUAGAGCAGCUGAGUUGCUCCAUAAUAUUCAUUCAAAUAUUACCAACAAAAUACAAGACAAAAUCAUUAACACUGAAAAUAAUGGGGGAUUUAUACGCUCUUGAUUUUGAUGGUGUUUUGUGCGAUACUUGUACCGAAACUGCCAUCUCUGCUCUUAAGGCCGCCAAAGUUCGAUGGCCGACUCUAUUCGAUGGCGUUGACUCUGCCUUGGAAGACUGGAUUGUUGACCAAAUGAUUAUUGUGCGACCUGUGGUUGAAACAGGAUAUGAAACAUUGUUGCUUGUGAGGUUGCUGUUGGAGAUCAAAAUUCCUUCCCUUCGUAAAUCUUCAGUUGCAGAGGGGCUCACCGUUGAAGGCAUACUCGAGAACUGGCCAAAGCUAAAACCAGUUGUUAUGGAAGCAUGGGACGAGAAGGAUAACACAGAGGCCUUAAUUGAUCUUUUUGGGAAAGUAAGAGAUGAAUGGAUGGAGAAGGAUCUGGCUACCUGGAUUGGUGCAAAUAGACUGUAUCCUGGUGUUGCCGAUGCUCUAAGAUUUGCAAGCUCAAAGAUAUACAUAGUUACCACAAAACAGAGCCGAUUUGCAGUUGCUCUGCUGCGAGAGCUUGCUGGUGUGACUAUACCUCCCGAAAGAAUCUAUGGACUUGGGACUGGCCCGAAGGUGAAAGUGCUCAAGAUGCUUCAGAAGCAACCAGAACAUCAGGGACUUGCUCUUCACUUUGUAGAGGACCGACUUGCUACACUAAAAAAUGUCAUAAAAGAGCCAGAGUUGGACGGCUGGAACUUGUAUCUAGUUGACUGGGGCUAUAACACCCAAAAAGAAAGGGAAGAAGGAAGGAGUAUCCCAAGAAUUCAUAUGCUUGAGCUGUCCGAAUUCAGUACGAAGCUAAAAUAGAUUCACAAUCUGUUUUAAUGUAAUUAUCCAUUGUCCUGCUCACUGCAAUUAUUGCACAGCAUUACAUUUCAAUUCAUCAAUUACCUUCUUUUGCUGUAAUUCCUAAUCACAGAACUGGCUGUGAUAUUUUACACACUGUAACAACUGAGUAUAUCUGGAGUUCUGAUGACA